AUGUUUGGACGAAAGCCAAAGAACCAGACACCUGACAAUAGCCAGCCAUUCGAUAUAGGCGACAUUGACGAACUAUUGAAUGCUACAAUACCCGAAGCAGACAACGAUGCUCACGAUGCAGAUCUCAACGACCCUGAACUUCUUCAACAACUCCAGGAACUGACAUCGUCCAAUCGAGUGGCCAACGCUGGUCAUAAGAAUGAUAAUACCCACCAACGAGACAACAACGCAAAGACUAACAGUGGUGCCAAGCAAAAGCAAUCUGCCAUGGAGACCGAUGACUUCGACAUUGACCAGUAUGCAGCACUUGCUCAAGGAACCAACGACGAUGUUCAUGUUGAGCUUGAUGAGAAGGACUUACAUGACCCAACCUUGCUGAAUGCAUUGGCCGAGCUUGGCGACGAGGGAGGCAAUGACGACUUGCCAACCCGACACACUAUGGCGGAGCAAAAGCACGAUCCAUCUACGCAACCAUCGCAUGAAUCGAUACAACAUUUGGUUAGCAUGGGCUUUUCCGAGACACAGGCAACAGACGCUCUUGACAAGUACGAUGGCAAUUUGGAACGUGCGACAAACUACCUCUUGGAUACACCAAUGACCAACAAUGAUCAAAUGGAAGCGGAUGUAUCAACGACUCAAAAGCCAAUGAUGGAUGAUGAUACGAUUCGCCGAGAGACAUCUGAUGUUGGAGCAAUGGAGGAAGAGGCUGUUGAGCAAGAUGAGCAAUUCAAUGAUUUGGAAGAGCUUCAACAACGGAUAAAGCAUUAUCAAAAGUUAGCCAUUGCUGCUAAGCGUUCAGGCGAUAAGAAGAAAGCGGUCGAACUUUUACGUCACUCAAAAGGUCUUGACCAGAGAUACCAGGAAUUGAUACAACGCACAAAGAUGUCACCACCACCACCAUCACCAUCGACAGCGCAGCCCCAAGAUGAGAUCAUGCAUGAUACCCCAGCUGCAACAGAUUUGCCAGCACAAAGCAAUCCACCUAGCCCAGCACAACCAUUACCACCACCAUCACAACCAGCAGCAUCAUCAUCAUCCCCAGAACCAGAGCCACCCAAAAUGCAACCACAAGACAACACAGCAGCAAUGCAAGCUCUUCUUCAGCAAAUUGUCGCAUUGCAAAAAGAGUAUAAGGAAGCCGCCAUCCAUUACAAGAAUAUCGGCAAUUUGGCUGUAUCCAAGGAGAUGAUCAAGACUUCCAAAGAGCUUUUACGUGUUGGAAUCCAAGUUAAGAAUGGCGAGAUAGGAGAUAUCGAAGCCGUGCGCAAUAAGCUUCCUGGAAAACCUGACAUGUCACGUGGUGAUGGCAAGAUGAGGCAAAUUCAAUUGGUUGCUUCGGGAAGUCCUUCUGAACAGACAUUGGAGCAUUUGGAAUCACAGCUUGUUUACCAAGUGGAUAUAUGUCACAACCUUGCUAUCCAAAGCGCUACAAUGACGGGUCGUAAGCAAACGGGGAAAACGCUUUCUGAUUCAGCCAAUGCGUAUCAACAGCUUGAGCAAGCAUUUACAGCUGAUCUCGUUUCAAUUCGUUCGCGUCGUGAUCAAGAUAUGAAAACGACGCCUCAGCUUCAUUAUGAAUUGGUCAAUUACACGUACAAGAAUAUCCUCGAUCAUAUUCCGAUCAACCAAAUGGAGCUCAAGAUCAUUCGGGGUAUUGGAUUACAAUCACUUGAUAUAUCCACAAAUAUCGAACCAUUCGUCACAUGGGAUUUUGGCGGCUGGCCGCCAGAGAACACUGCUCAGGCAUCACUUGGAAAAGGAGAAACAGCAGUAAAGAAGGGUACUGAGCCUGAUUUUGAUGCAUCUAUCCUUAUUCCUAUCACACGCGGCAACCGUAUUUUCAUGCGUUAUAUCCAGAGGCGAAAGCUCACCCUUGAGGUCUUUCAUAAUCGCUACAGCUAUGGAUUGUUUCGACGACCACUUUCACUUGGCAAGGUGUCUCUUCCUUUGGAAACAUUGUUGUCCAAAUGCUCUAUCUCAGGGACAUUUGAUUUGAUUGAUGCCAAUCGAAGGAAAACGGGUGGCAAGCUUGAGAUACAACUUAAUUUGAGAGAACCCCUUAGCGGCGAAGACAUUGUGAGGCGAGCAGAACGAUGGCUUGUGAUUGAUGAAUUUGGCCAGGAUACCUCCUCACUCUUGGCAUCUUCAGGAUUGACACCUAUGCCGUACCAAUCACAGCAAGGACCUCCCACGAAUUCAUCAAUGCAACCACCUUCAACAGAAUCCCCUACAGCAACUAGUACUACUACCCCUGCCCCUGGAGGUACACCAUCGUCAUCAGAACCACCAUCCACUGAAUCAAGGAUGCAAAUCGAGGAGAAGACAAAGAAGCCUACAACAUCCAAAGAACCAGAAACAAACGCUGAGCUGGAGCAAGCUGAAGAAGAAUACAACAAUGUCGAUCACAUUGUUUCGAAUAUGGUUUUAGAACACGAGCUUGGAAUCGUCAACAAUGCACUCUCGGGCAAGUUAUCAGCACAAGCAAAGGAGGAAUUGAUGGAUCGAAAGCAGGCACUCGACAUCAAGAUGAACAUGCUUGUUAUUCAAGUACAAACGGGGCUACUUGACAUGGAUACCUAUCUCCAGAAUACAAGAAAGCGUCUAGAACGUGAUCGACAGCUCGCUCUGAUAUUCAAGAAGCAUAAUCGAUUGGAUUUGGCCAAGGGUGCAUUGACACGUAAAAAGAUCAUGCAAGAUGAGAUAGAAGAAGCGGAGGCUGCCAUGGCAACGCAAAGUGAAGAAUAA